GAGGUAUAAGUAGCAGCAGGCAAUGGCAGCAGCAGGCCGCAAAUCCAAAAAUCCAACGGACUAAUCUCCUCCUUUCCUUCCAUCAAUCGCUUUUAUUCUCCCUCCGCCUCUCUCUCGCCCUCUUCACAGCCUGAAACAGCCCAAUUUAAAUCCCAUGGCGGCCUUUGUAGGCCGCCGCCACUCCUCCCCUUUCUCCACUUCCCUCUCCCCUCUCACCACCUCCCCUUCCAACUCCCAUCCCCUCUCCUCCUCCUCCGACGACGACGACGAUGAAGUUGAAGACGAUGACCGAUCCAAUUACUACACCCCCAUGCCCGAACCCGCCUCCAUCGACCCCCGCGACUCCAACACCUCCGACAACUGGAUCCCCCGCCACCCUUCCCUCAUCCGUCUCACCGGCAAACACCCUUUCAACUCCGAACCCCCGCUCUCCCUCCUCAUGUCCCACGGCUUCCUCACCCCUGUUCCCAUCCACUACGUCCGCAACCACGGCCCCGUCCCCCAAACCGCUUGGUCCUCCUGGUCCAUCGACAUCUCCGGCCUCGUCCGCCGCCCCUGCCGCCUCUCCAUGGACUCCCUCCUCCUCGAUUUCCCCUCUUUCCAAAUCCCCGUCACUCUAGUCUGCGCCGGCAACCGCCGCAAGGAACAGAACAUGCUUCGCCAAACCAUCGGCUUCAAUUGGGGCCCCGCCGCCAUCUCCACCUCGCUCUGGCGCGGCGUUCGUUUGCGCGACGUGUUGAAACGCUGCGGAAUCAUGAGGACUCGCGACGGCGCCCUCAACGUUUGUUUUGAAGGCGCCGAGGACCUUCCCGGCGGCAAAUACGGCACUAGUUUGAGCAAGGAAGUGGCCAUGGAUCCGAGCAGGGAUAUUAUGAUCGCUUAUAUGCAGAACGAGGAGCUUCUGAAGCCCGAUCAUGGCUUCCCUGUUCGGAUGAUCAUGCCCGGCUUCAUAGGAGGAAGAAUGGUUAAGUGGCUCAAAAGGAUUAUCGUCACCACGAAGGAGUCGGAGAGCUAUUACCAUUACAGGGACAAUCGGGUUCUUCCUUCUCACGUUGAUGCCGAGCUAGCUGAUUCCGAAGGGUGGUGGUAUAAACCGGAGUAUAUUAUAAACGAGCUUAACAUAAAUUCGGUGAUUACAACGCCGGGGCAUGACGAGGUUCUUCAGAUCCAUUCAGUGGACGCUUAUACAUUGAGAGGCUACGCUUAUUCCGGCGGUGGAAGGAAGGUCACAAGAGUGGAAAUCACCGUCGACGGCGGCGAGACCUGGCAAAUCUGCGCCCUCAACCACCCAGAAAAACCCAACAAGUAUGGCAAAUACUGGUGCUGGUGUUUCUGGUCCCUCGAUAUCGACCCCCUCCGCCUGCUCUCCGCUGAAGACAUCGCCGUCCGUGCCUGGGACCAAACCCUCAACACCCAGCCGGAAAACCCCACAUGGAAUCUCAUGGGCAUGAUGAACAAUUGCUGGUUUCGCGUGCGGGUGGCCGUUUCCCGCCCGUCGGACGGCCCAAAAACCCUAACUUUCGAGCACCCAACCCAGCCCGGCAAUAAUCCCGGCGGAUGGAUGAGCCGCCGUCGGGAAAAUCCUAAUUCCUCAACAGAACUGACUCUUAAGAAGAUCGUCUCCGUCUCCGUGUCCUCGACCUCUAACGCCGGGUUCUCUAUAUCCGAGGUCCGUACCCAUUCCUCCUCCAGCUCCGCCUGGAUCGUCGUCCACGACAAAGUCCACGACUGCACUCCUUUCCUCAAGGACCACCCCGGCGGCGCCGACAGCAUUCUGAUCAACGCCGGCUCCGACUGCACCGAAGAAUUCGACGCAAUCCACUCCGACAAAGCCAAAUCAAUGCUCGAAACCUACUGCAUCGGCCACCUCGUCGUCACUUCCGACGCUAAUGCCGCAGCCGGCGACUUUAAAAACCAGCGAGAAAACAUCCCCGUCACGCUCGUCGCCAAAACCAGCAUUACGCGCAACCUCCGUCUCUUCCGCUUCGCACUCCCCUCGCCCCAUCAACUCCUCGGCCUGCCAACGGGCAAACACAUCUUGCUCUCCGCAAAAAUUAACCACAAGCUCUGUAUGCGCGCUUACACGCCUACGAGUCCGGAAGACGCGGCGGGCUAUUUCGAGCUUAUGAUAAGAAUAUAUUUUAAAGGGGAGAACCCCAACUUCCCCGCCGGCGGGCUUAUGACUCAGCAUCUGGACUCGUUGCCGCUCGGCGCGGCGAUGGAGAUAAAGAGUCCGGUGGGGCGCAUCGAAUAUGCCGGGAAAGGAAGUUUUGUUGUUGACGGAAAGAAGUUAAGCCGCGCGAGGCGGGUGGCGAUGGUCGCCGGCGGGACGGGAAUAACGCCGGUGUAUCAGGUGAUAAGGGCGGUUAUGAGGGAGGAGGAAGGGGUGGAGAUGAUGCAUUUGGUGUAUGCGAGUAGGUCGGAGGAUGAAGUAUUGAUGAGGGAGGAGUUGGAUGGGUGGGCGAGAGAGAAGCCGGAGAGAUUUAAGGUUUGGUAUGUGGUGAGUAAGGUGACGGAGGGGGUGUUGAGGGAGAAUAUUCCGAUGGGAGGAGAUGAGGACUGUUUGGCGUUGGUCUGUGGGCCGCCGGGAAUGGUUGAAGGUGUGGUUUUGCCGACUCUGGAGAAGAUGGGCUAUCAUGUCGGUAACGACUCUUGUCUUGUUUUCUGAUUGGGAUUGGAAGUGUAGAUAAGGAAUAAAAAAACAACAUAAUUAAGCGGUGGGAAACUUCUCAUGGAGGGAAAAUUAUUGGGUAAGG